CGUCGAGGGGCGUUCACAAUCACAGACUGUGUCCGCACGUCUGUUGUAAAGGGCGUGGAUGUUGUAUUAUUAUUAUCAUUUGCAGCUUUGGGCAACCGCACGGACCCUCCGGGGCUUAAGGAUGUAUCAGCGCGCCCCUGCAUGAGAUCUUCGUUAGAUGAGAUGGAACAAUAAAUUUCUGGAUGAGCAAGCGAUUUUUAUUUACCUACCCGAGCGUUUGAUACACGAACGCACCACCCUGCGAUAGAUACUUCCAAACAAAUGCAGUCAAAUAAACAGAGUAUGUUUUCCUCUAGCUUCAUCUAGCACGUUGCAUGCGCUUUCUUGUGCUUCAUAUGGCUUUUAACAGCAGGACGAAAUAAGAAGAAAUGUGUUAAUCACAGCCGGUUCAGACAGAUAUGGCAGGAAGCACAUCGGAACCCCUCUGUCAGCCGUGCAUUUAUCAUGAACGCUUUAAAGUGGAGCUACAGGUAAGGAGACCUCUGAUGCCAGUCCGGCUGAGUCCAGAGCAGGUGGGCCUGGAGAUGCUGUGUCUCUGUGGGCAACUGGACCUCCUCAUCAGGGCGCAGACGCAGCAGUUCCAGGAGCAGCUGGGACAAGGUUGCAGCCCAGAGGAGUCUGACACCUUUCAGGCUCAAGGAUCAGAGAUUCUCAACCAGAUGCUGCAGUGCCUUGAACAUCUACCAAAGCCUAUGCCACAGCUGGAGGACUACCUGGACAUGGUGGGUCUGUCAGCCAUGUUUCCUCGUGUAGAAGUGUUCCUCAUUCAAGGCAGUCCUGUUGAUAUGCUGGAGAGGCCACAGAUGGACGAAUAUUUCUUCCACAUCGCCAAACUGAACCAGCUGCUGGUGCUGAGUCAGCAGUUGGAAGAGGAUAUCAGACACCUUGGUAGUCAUAAGUACAUCGCUCACCAGCUCUCGGUUAUAUAUCAAGUCAUCAGCUCUUUCAGGGGAAUUCAGGUCUUUUCAGAAAUAAAGAAGAACAUCGAGGCCAACUUCAAACAGAUGAAGCAGUCUCUGGUGGCAGAAGAAGGCUGCAGACACGAACCUCAGCUGGCUGCUCAUUACAUUAACUGGAUAUUAGAAAUAACUCAAAGCCUAAUGUCGGUGGUUUUGUCACUACCAGAGGAGCUGAUGGAGGACCUUCAUCCAGCCAUCGCAUUCAUGUCCCAGUUCCUGCCCUGACUCACCCAACAAAGUCACCUACUUUUCUAUGAACUGAUGAUAUGACGUUAAAAGGUGCUAAACAAUAUUAUUCAACGGAAAUAAUGAUGGGAUAAAAUCACCUGUUUUAGUUGCAGUUCAUAUGGAUCUUUUUUCUUUCUUUUUCUGAAUGUGACUCAUGUUAGACCCUUUGAUGAUUCAGAUGUUUUGGGACUGAAUCCCUUAUUGCAGUGCUGAGAUUACAGCUAUUCAUUUCUUUUUUUUUUAACCUAAAGUGGAAAAAUAAAUGGAAUCCCAUUG